UCUUAACUUCUCUUUCAGUUUCAAUUGGAAAUGAAGCAAAGAAGAAACCUCCCUCUAAUUUUUCAAGAAAACAAUUUUGUGUGUUGAAAAGGGUAGAGUGUACACAGACUUUACCGUUCUUCUCCGAGUCACAGAGGCUGUUUUCGAGGCUUAAGAAUUGGUUUUUCUUGAAUUUUAGUAGUAUGAAGGUGUCAUUGUUGUACACAGCUAAAACAGCCUAUAGGUUGUUGAGCUCCAAAGCUACAUGGGGGUGUCAAGUUAGUGCAAAGAGUAAGGUAAAAAGUUGUAGAAGUGAACUCAUAGGUACAAAAAAAACUAAAGUGAAGUUAACUGAGCAGCAAAAUCAAAUCUUGGAAGCAAUUUCAAAUGGAAAUUCUGUUUUCAUUACUGGGUCAGCAGGGACCGGAAAAACCUAUUUACUUCAGCAUAUAAUCACUAAACUUAAGAAGAUUCAUGGGAAAUCUCGGGUUUUCGUUACAGCUUCAACUGGGGUUGCUGCUUGUUCCCUCAAUGGGCAAACCCUUCAUUCUUUUGCUGGAAUUGGACUUGGUGAUGCUAGUUGUGUGGAUUUGCUAUCUAGGGUUUCGUUGGAUAAGAGAGCGUAUCGAAGAUGGAAUAAAGUUAGGGCUUUGGUUAUCGAUGAGAUUAGUAUGGUUAGUGGUGAGGUUUUCGACAAUCUUGAGUUCAUUGCAAGGAGCAUUAGAAGUGAAGAACUUGGCUGUGAGGAGAAGAUUUGGGGUGGGAUACAAUUAGUUGUGAGUGGAGACUUUUUUCAGCUUCCACCAGUAAUUAAUAAGAAGGGACAACAGAAGGAAUUUGCUUUUGAAGCUGAUUGUUGGAAUGCUAGUUUUGACGAACAAAUAGAACUUAAAACUAUCUUUAGGCAGUCUGAUGCUCAGCUUAUAAAACUGCUGCAGGGGAUUAGGAAAGGGAAGUAUGAUUCGGAGGAUUUGAAGUUAUUGGAUCAAUGUUGCUCAAAGGUGGAGCCAGAUUCUUCAGCUGUUCAGCUCUACCCACGGAUUGAAGAUGUGAGUAGAGUGAACGCUGAGAGACUUGACUGUUUAGAUGAGGUACUGUUCAAUUAUCAAGCUCUCGACAGUGGUAAAGAUCCUUGGAAGAAGCAGCUUAAGAAUGGAAUUGCACCUGAGCUGCUCAAAUUGUGUGUAGGAUCUCGGGUUCUCUUGACGAAGAACAUUGAUGUUGUUGGUGGACUUGUGAACGGUGCUACUGGUACAAUCUUAGAUUUUGCUGCUGUUCAAGAUACUCAUAAAUUAUAUGACCAUGAGAUUUCUGAUAUUUGCGGAAAUGGUAACCUGCUACCUGUUGUUAGAUUUGAUUCUGGCCAAGAACUGAUGAUUGGUGUAGAAAGAUGGUAUGUAAUGGAGGGAGAUGAAGCUGUUGCAAUGAGAAAGCAAAUUCCACUCAUAUUAGCUUGGGCUCUAAGCAUUCACAAGUGUCAAGGGAUGACUCUGAACAACCUCCAUACAGACCUCUACCGUGUUUUUGGCUUUGGGAUGGUAUAUGUUGCUCUUUCGCGUGUUAAAAGCUUGGAUGGCCUUAAUCUAGUCAAUUUCAAUCCGUCAAAGAUCAAGGCAAACCCAAAGGUUUUGCAAUUCUAUGAAAGAUUGUCAGCUGAGAAAGAUGAACAAAAGGAAGACAGUGUAACUGAUGAUAUCUAAAUUUGGUAGUCUCGGAUGUAAUCCUCGAGUAACAGUAGUACAACUCGGGGAAGUCCCUUUGGUGAUCUUAAGCUAGAUAUGUGUGUGGAACGACAUAUACGGGACUUUUAAAGUAGAAACAAAUCCAUUCAGAGCAAUCCCGGAAGACGUAACAAAGAUACAACUUUGGUCAUUCAAACCAGGGCAUUGAGUUCAUCAUUUCCUCCAGGUAACAGAUUUGUUUGCCAAGCACCAGCACCUUAAAAAUUACCGAAAAUUUGAGGAUCUUCUGCCUAUUACAUAAACUUUAUAAGAUGCAAUGUCCUUAUUUCUAGAUUGUCACUUGUAUCCCAGGAACACGCAAAGUAUCUUAGUUAUGUAAAGACAGGUUCUUGUAGAACCCCUUCUUUACGAGACCUACAGAGGUGCGUUCUCCUACGUGUAUCAACAUAGUUCUGUAUAUCUUGUUAGUAUCAAUGGUCAUUCAGCUAUAGGAAGGUAUCUUGAUUCAUGACAACUUACUGUACUCUGGAUUGAGACUUUUUUUUAUAACCAACUGGAUAUUUCAGAUGAAAUUUUUUAGUGGUCUAACAUGUUUUAUCGCCAA